UCCACAGUGCUCUCGUACUACUGAGAGAAUCUGAUCCUUUGUGUCUGUCUGUGUACGAGUGAGUCCGUGUGCGUGCGCGUGUGUGUGUGUGUGUGCGAGCUCUCUUUUUAACCUCUUCUUCUUCUCGUCUGUCUCUCUGUUGCAUUUUGUCACUCUCCCGUCCUCCCUCCUCACUCUCCCUCCAUCUCGCUCUGCUCCCCGGCAGUGUGUGAGUGCGUGAGAGUGCGUGAGAGUGUGUGUGUGUGUGUGUGUGUGUGCGUGUGCGUGUGUGUGUGUGUGUGUGUGUGUGUGAACCAUGGGGAAAACAGACGCUCAUGUGAGCAGCAGCAGUGACUGGUGAGAGACAGGAUAGAGGAGAGGAAGAGAGCAGGGAUAACAGAGGCAACACCAUCAUUCUCAUCGUAUUCCCACCAGACAUGUGAGAAGAUGUCGGUGGGCGGCUGCGCGUGUCCCGGCUGUUCCUCAAAGUCGUUCAAGCUGUACUCCCCCAAGGAGCCCCCCAACGGUAGCACUUUCCCCCCCUUCCAUCCCGGCACCAUGCUGGACAGAGACGUGGGUCCAACCCCAAUGUAUCCUCCCACAUACCUGGAGCCAGGCAUAGGGAGGCACACACCAUAUGGCAACCAGACAGACUACAGAAUAUUUGAACUAAAUAAACGGCUACAGAACUGGACAGAGGAGUGUGAUAACCUAUGGUGGGAUGCAUUUACUACAGAGUUUUUUGAAGAUGAUGCCAUGUUGACCAUUACUUUCUGUCUGGAAGAUGGGCCCAAGCGUUACACAAUUGGUCGGACAUUGAUUCCAAGAUACUUUCGGAGUAUAUUUGAGGGUGGUGCCACUGAGCUCUACUAUGUCCUGAAACACCCCAAGGAAUCAUUUCACAACAACUUUGUCUCACUUGACUGUGAUCAGUGCACCAUGGUCUCUCAGAAUGGAAAGCCAAUGUUCACACAGGUGUGUGUUGAGGGGCGCUUGUACUUGGAGUUCAUGUUUGACGACAUGAUGAGGAUAAAAACGUGGCACUUUAGCAUCCGACAACAUCGUGAACUCAUCCCUCGCAGUAUACUGGCCAUGCAUGCCCAGGACCCACAGAUGCUUGACCAGCUGUCCAAAAAUAUUACAAGAUGUGGCCUGUCAAACUCAACUCUAAACUACCUCCGAUUGUGUGUGAUCCUGGAGCCCAUGCAGGAACUAAUGUCCAGACACAAGACGUACAGCCUCAGCCCCAGAGACUGCCUCAAGACCUGCCUCUUCCAGAAAUGGCAGCGAAUGGUGGCACCUCCGGCCGAGCCAUCCAGACAGGCCCCAAACAAACGACGGAAGCGUAAGAUGUCAGGUGGCAGCACCAUCAGCGGAGGAGGAGGAACUAACAAUAACAACAAUAACAAGAAGAAGAGUCCUGGCAGUGGCUUCCCUCUGUCCAGCCAGGUUCCAGAUGUGAUGGUGGUGGGAGAGCCUACACUGAUGGGUGGGGAGUUUGGUGACGAGGAUGAGCGUUUGAUUACGCGGCUGGAGAACACCCAAUUUGACGCAGCCAAUGGCAUCGACGACGAGGACAGCUUCAACAACUCCCCGGCUCUGGGAUCCAACUCGCCAUGGAACAACAAGGCGCCCUCUAGCCAGGAGAGCAAGAGCGACAACCCCACCUCGCAAGCAUCGCAAUAGAGUUUGGGCUCCUCCUUCGCAACACAAUUCCCUCGCGCCCUCCUCUGAGCCUUCCCAAAGACAAAAGUCACGAGAGCAACAGGUUUCUUAGCAGACCCCCGACAUGCGUUUUGAGCUCGGACUCUUCCAACACGCGGUGCCUGGCGGAGCUCAGUUACACCUCCUGCCAGAGCUUCAUCAUGACAGUGUGACUUUCCGAAAUCAAGGCCCCAAAUUUCCUUCUAGUCCUUUUCCGCAUAUCAUACUGAAAAUGUCCUGUCUGCUCUUGCUAAUUUCAACUUUGGACAGUGACAUGAUAGUUGUGAUGAAGAAGACGUGGUGAUUGAAUCCAGGAGAAAACUCAACCACACUUAACUCAAGAAUGCCACAAAGCAGUUGGGGCAUGGCCAUGGUGUGGCAAGAUGCUUAGGGACAACUUGUCCACCAACGACUCAAUUCUGGACAGCUCCGAUGCAGCAAGGCACUAGAAAACUUUGUAGAUUAAGUAUUGGUGAGUGGGCAAGUGAGAGAGAGAGCGAGACGGACACACACAGUGAAGUGUGUGUGUGAGAAGUUUGAGGAGAGAAGAUAUACCGAAGUCUUUGACAAACUGAGCAGGCCAGAAUUUAGAGACGUCUUGCGAAAUUGUUGAAAUUAUCACACUUUUAGCGUGAGAUGCAACACACGCAUACACAAAUGAUGGUAGGAAUUUCAGUACCUUGGUGUGUGAGCUAUCUGAGUAGACUCUGGCGUGAGCAACAUACACACUUACACAUUUGAAGAGUUUUUAUACAGUAUAUAUUUCCCUAGAAUGUUUUUUUUAUUUCUACUAUUAAAUCUUCAGUUCAAUUAAUACUUUAUUUUUAUUUUUUAACCAAUACUGAAAAGCUACAGACCAAGGAGCACCACAGGACUUUUAUUCCUCCCCUAAAAUAUAUUGUUUUUAUCUUUUGUUUAUAAAAGGAAAAUUAUUUCGUGUGGAUGUUUUAUUUUGUCUUUUCUGUUGCUUUUGGAAAUUUGACAUUUUGUGUAUUUGUGCUUGUAUAUUUAAGGUAGUAGCAAAGUUCUGUCUGACUGUAAUAAGAUGUAUUCUUACUUAGAUAUACCUAAAGCCAUCUUGAUCUAAUGUAAAGAAACAAAAUAGGAGAAAUGAGGAAAAAAAUACCCCAGCUCUUUCCUCCUCCCUCUUUUUUUAAGGGAAGUGUAAAUGAAAUGAUAAAAGCCCUGAGGGUACAAUGGCACCAUGGGGCGGUGUUUCCUUUGUCUUAUUUGACUUCUGUACGGUAUUUAUUUAGGACAUUCUGAAAUUCACUCAGCUGUUUCAUGUCUACAUAAAUUGUUUGUUCUUUUUCCCCUCCACUGUCAGAAGUUUUAUGUUUUGGGUAACCCGAUUUGACCCGAUGUCAAGCGAAUGUGCUGAAAUGUUAGUUUGACUUUGACUCCAAUCACUGGUUUUAAAAGUUAAAAUGACUUCCUCCAUUUCCACAAUGUUUUAAUUUGUGCUAUCUUAAAACAUGUUCUAAAACCAGCCUAACAUGAUGUUCAGCCUGCAUAGUUUGUAACAGUUUAGUCUAUCAAUUGCAUUCAUGAGUCAUAAAAAUCUUGAAAGAAGUACUGCUGUUCUUGAUUUGACCCUGCUGGUAUUCAUCACGAUCAUAAGUGAAAUGGAAUCUUAUAAGUCUUUGUACAUUUCUAUUUUGUUACACUUUCAACACAUUUGAAAUUGAGUUUGAAUGGUGACUUGUACCUUCCUCAAACCCUGUAGAAUCAUUGUUUGGUAUCAAUUUUUUGAUUUGGUUAGUUUCUGCCCUUGCUAAUUAAUGUAUGGUAACAAUAAAAAAAGAUACAUUUUCACUUUCGA